AUGUCCGAUAAUGACGAUGAUUAUAUGUGUGAAGAGGAAGAAGAUUAUGGCUUGGAAUACUCUGAAGACAGCAACUCAGAGCCAGAUGUUGAUCUAGAGAAUCAGUACUACAACAGUAAAGCUCUGAAAGAAGAUGAGCCUCAAGCUGCUUUGCUUAGUUUUCAAAAAGUCCUGGAGCUGGAAGGAGGUGACAAAGGCGAAUGGGGCUUCAAGGCACUCAAACAGAUGAUCAAGAUAAAUUUUAAAUUGGGUAACUUUACAGAAAUGAUGUCUCGUUACAAACAACUGUUAACAUACAUCAAGAGUGCAGUUACUAGGAACCACUCGGAGAAGUCUAUCAACUCCAUCUUGGAUUACAUCUCUACUUCUAGAAAUAUGGAAUUGUUACAAGACUUCUACGAAACCACCUUAGAAGCUCUAAAAGAUGCCAAAAAUGACAGGUUAUGGUUCAAGACAAACACAAAACUAGGAAAACUGUAUUAUGAUAGAGGAGACUUCAAUAAACUUGCUAAGAUCCUCAAGCAACUACAUCAGAGCUGCCAGACUGAUGAAGGCGAAGAUGACUUGAAAAAAGGAACACAGUUGCUGGAGAUCUAUGCCCUUGAGAUUCAGAUGUACACCGCACAAAAGAACAACAAGAAGCUAAAGGCUCUGUAUGAACAAUCUCUGCACAUCAAGUCUGCUAUACCACAUCCACUCAUUAUGGGUGUUAUUAGAGAGUGUGGUGGUAAAAUGCACUUGCGUGAAGGUGAGUUUGAGAAGGCUCACACAGACUUCUUUGAAGCGUUCAAGAAUUACGACGAGUCUGGCAGUCCCAGAAGGACAACAUGUUUGAAGUAUCUCGUUUUAGCCAAUAUGCUUAUGAAAUCUGGAAUCAAUCCUUUUGAUUCUCAAGAAGCAAAACCAUAUAAGAAUGAUCCUGAGAUCUUAGCUAUGACAAACCUCGUAAUGGCGUAUCAGAACAACGAUAUUAACGAGUUCGAGUCCAUUCUGAAACACAACAGGAACAACAUUAUGGACGACCCUUUCAUCAGAGAACAUAUAGAAGAUUUGUUAAGAAACAUCAGGACCCAGGUGCUGAUCAAAUUGAUUGGUCCCUACACCAGGAUUCAUAUACCUUUUAUAUCUAAGGAACUGAACAUUGAUGAGAAGGAAGUCGAGAAUCUUUUGGUCACCUGUAUUUUAGAUAACACGAUCAGCGGGCGCAUCGACCAGGUGAACUCAGUGCUGGAGCUGGCGAGCAGCGCGCGCGGCGCGGCGCGGUACGGCGCGCUCGACAAGUGGACGGCGCAGCUGUCGUGCCUGCACCUGGCGCUGGCCAACAAGAUGGCGUAG